UCUUUACAGGUUUUGCCAGAUAACUCAUACCUCGGUUUUCCUUUGAUGCUUGUCAAACUAUUAAUGAGAAGUGGCGGACUACUCGGUUUUCCCAGGGCUGUGUUUGAGCCUGUUUGACUCCACGAAAAAGUACACCUCCGCGGGCGACGUCUGCGAUUUGACCUUGCUGGAGAUCACAAUGACGAAGUAGACGCUGGCCGUUUCUUUCGGGAUCGGGGUGCUUGGGCGUCAAUCCUGAAUGACCUGUGGCAACCCGUAGACCGGAUUCAGGAGGCACUUUGAUGAUUGUGUGUCUUCCGUUCUCCAGGAUGAUGAUGACUCGUGCCACGCUCAGCCCUGGCACGAGUGUAAGCUGCAGUGCGGCCGUACCAUUUUAACUCCCUCCCCGCUGUGCCGCGUGAGCCGACGCAUGUCGCGCAUCCGGAGCACGCUCGACUCUGUUGCCAAAGCUGUCAGUGGCACAGACCUCCUCUCCAAGAUAUCCCGCCUCAAGCCCGGCGUGGAGCCCCUGACCGCGUCUCCGACCACGGCAGCUAGCGAGCGCUCCGCGCCUCCCGUAGCCAUGGAGCCAACAGAGCAGGAGGACCACCCGAAGGAGCGACGGCCGGUGGAUGAGGAGGAGAAAGGGAAGCAGGCUGUGGAGAAACAUUUCACGGCCGCGGCCGUCGCCACCACCUCCACGGCGGUCGCCAGCUCCACAGCCAGCUCGUCCUCGGCCGUGGCCAAGCAGACGCUGCAGCGGUUCCACCCGGCGGUCCUCUCCGCCAACAUGGACGAGACCCACAGCUCCCUGGCUCGGCACGUCGACGACUACUUCGGCAGCAGUCUGUCAGCCGCGGAGGACAGGGAGCCUCGGCGGCAGAAUGGCAACGAGCCUGCCCUCGACCAGCGCCCCCACAGCACUAAGAGUGGGCGCCACGUCCCUGUCCGAGUACCGGUGGCAGGUGAGACCGAGGCCGUCGCGGGCCUGGCGUCCACCCAGCCGUCACCCCAUCCCCCGGAGACGGCCACUCCCCCCUCAGCUACACCCGCCCCCGAGACCGCUGCCCCCACGACCUCAACGUCCCCUAAAAAGGGGGGGUUUGGGCAGUAUUUGUCCGACCCCCGCCCCAACGUUCAGGCCUUCUUCGGAAGCUACAUAGCGCCCUUGGUUCCCAGUAAGUUCAGGGGGGAUCCCAGAAGUGUCACUGCUGGGGAGAAAGCAAAGGUCGUGGCGAAGGCUGGAGAGAAGACUGUGGCGGAGACGGAGGAGGAGAAGAGAGGCGCGGAGGAGAAGAGAGUCGCGGACGAGAGGGCUAAGAAAUUCCUGCUGAGCCAGAGAGAAAAGAUCACAGCGCGGGUCGGUGUGGACAACCAAACUAGAGCCCUGGUCCAGGGUCUGCAGAAGGCCACGGACGUGAAGCUCUACACCUGUCGCGUGGAGGAGCUCAACCUGCACCUGCUGGAGUUCCCGGAGACACGUGGCGUGGCCGUCAAGGAGAGGGUGAUUCCGUGCCUUCUGCGCCUGAGGCAGGCCAGGGACCCCGGGCUCCAAGCUGCCGUCCGGGAGGCCCUGGCCCUGCUGGGGUACACCGACCCGGUGAAGGGCAGAGGAAUACGUGUUCUCGCCAUCGACGGAGGAGGGACCCGGGGACUUGUGGCGCUGCAGACCCUACAGAAACUACAGACGCUGACGGGCAAGCCCAUCUACCAGCUGUUUGACUACAUCUGUGGGGUCAGCACGGGUGCCAUCCUGGCUUUUAUGUUGGGCGUGUUCCACAUUCCUCUGGACGAGUGUGAGGAACUCUACAGGAAGUUGGGUUCUGACGUGUUCACGCAGAAUGUCAUCGUGGGAACCGUCAAGAUGGGCUGGAGCCACGCCUUCUACGACAGUCAGAUCUGGGAGAACAUACUCAAGGAGAGAAUGGGAGAAGGUCUCAUGGUUGAAACCGCCCGGGAUCCAAAAUGCCCAAAGGUGUCAGCAGUGAGCACCAUAGUGAACAGGGGCCUGCCUCUGAAGGCCUAUGUGUUCAGGAACUACAGCAUGCUGCCCGGGGUCAGAUCCCACUACUUGGGAGACUGUAAACACAAGAUGUGGCAAGCUAUCAGAGCUUCGUCCGCCGCCCCAGGGUACUUCCAGGAGUAUACCCUGGGGAAAGACCUGCACCAGGAUGGGGGGCUCCUCAUCAACAACCCCACGGCGUUGGCCAUCCACGAGUGUAAGCUGCUCUGGCCCAACAGCCCACUGCAGUGUGUGGUCUCCCUGGGAACGGGUCGCUACGAGACGGCCGGGAAGAACAGCACCACCUACACCAGCCUCAAAGCCAAGAUCACCAACGUCAUCAGCAGUGCCACCGAUACCGAAGAGGUCCACACCAUGCUGGACGCCCUCUUGCCGCCCAACACCUACUUCCGCUUCAACCCCUACAUGAGUGAGGACAUCCCAUUGGACGAGAGCCGGCCGGAGCGUCUGACCUUCCUGAAGGAAGAAGGAACUCGUUACCUGGAGAGGAACGAGGCCAAGCUGAGGAAGGCGGCAUCUGUGCUGGCUCUGGAGAAGAGCGCCAUCCAGAGGCUGGCUGAAUGGGCCACGCUGAAAGCAGACAUGUACGAAGGCCUGCCGUUCAUCUCCAAACUGUAGGACACAUGGGAAGCAAGACAACAUGGCACCCUUUUUCCUAUAUAGUGACCCAUGUGGUACUAGGUCCUGUUUGGGUCGGGAUCACAGAGUGUACCCCAGAAGUUCCCCCGAAAUCCUGGAUGAGGCAACGCCCCCAUCUUGGAGUCUAUUCCGAUUCUUGUGGAAACGAGUGAAGUUGGUGUUCCCAUGCCCUCCAACCGCGCCUUCACUCCCUGACAGAGAGUAUUCAUGGCUGUAUACAUUUCAGGCUGAAAUUUCCCACAAUCCACCAGGUUUUCUCUUGAAUGAUAUUAGUCAUGGCAUUAACUGAGCAAAGUGAGGGGAACUCUUGGUCUCAUUUGUUGAAUCAUAACUAUCCAGUAGAGUGCCACUUUCCACAAAGCCGGUCCAAAUUAGCCGGACUUCAUUGAGUAGCCACAUGCAGAGUCUGAGAGACGCUAAUGUAGAAUGAUGAUUAACUAUGUAUUUCUGACGUGUGAAAGAGCCGGCCAUUUAGCUCCAGACCUGAGACACCUGGCAACUGUUGGAAGUUCAAAAGCAAGUUACAGAUGGCAGCUGCUGAGAUGAGAUUUAUAUAUAUGACUAUCUGCUUGAUGCAGAUUUUAUUAUAUGUCUGAGAUCCCUUGGAUCUUCUUUUGCUUUAGCAAAAUGGUGUUGCCUUUGACUUGUGAGUAGGGUUGGAAAAUUCCUGGAACUUUCAAACAGUUAUCUGGGUUUUCAGGAAUCCUGUUUGUGUGAUAGAAGUGAUAUGGGGUAAGCCGUAUGGUUUUCUCCUAAAUGGAUUUGGAAGGUAGCACUGAAGAAAUCAACCAUUCGACGGGUCCUAAAUCAAAAGGGACUAUGUAAUAUGCACUUUAGGCUGAGUUUGCACAGGCAGACCAGUUCAGAUCUUUUUGCCACCAAUUGGUCCUUGGACUGAAAAUAUCAGAUAUUAUAUCAAUGAUUAAGUCACUCUGGGAAUGAGCAUCUGCUAAAUAGCACAUUUAUAUAUUUAGUGUUUGAUUUGAGAGUGCAGAGGUUUAGGGAAUGUCCUGCUACUGACUAAACUGACUCCAAUUUCUGAUAUUCAGGGUCAGUGUAGGUGACUGAUUCCAUUAUAAUUUCUGUAAAAAGUUUGCUAGCAUGUCUGUUCUUAUUACUGUACAUGUCUUUCCUGUGUUCGGUAACUUGAUUGCGUCACACUUGAAGCAGGCGUGCACAUUAAAGUCUGCAUAGUAGGGGAGUUGGCAUUAAAUACAAAUCAUAUAUUGCUGGUGAUGUAAAGGAGAGCAAGUGAAAGAUACAUUUAGUCUUUAGGUGUGUCUAUUUUAUGUGCAUGGAGUUGAAAGACCUACAGUGCUGUUCAUACGUAUUUGAACAGUAGCACUCGGUUGUUUGGAUUUGAAAUGAGAAAAUGACUAAGGGGUUAAAGUGCAGUCGGUCAGCUUUAUUUACCUCUGAAUCGUGAAGAUAACUGUUCAUACUUUUUUUUAGAGGACUAAAUGUAAUAUGCAGUCGAAUCUCCUUGUCUUUGUUUCGUUUCAAAUCCAAUGUGCUGGGUUGCAACGCCAAAACAACAAAAUGGUGUUACUGUCCAAAUAAUUUUGGGCUGCACCGUGACCUUCACCUACUGGAUAGACACCAGAACCUAGAUAAAUCUUGACUGUCAUUUCCAGCCUAUGGGAAACAUUCUCUGGCUAAUUAAUUGUUGACUGUUUGUUGAUCAUCAUGAUGUUCUAUAAUAAAGGGACUGUUCACUAAAACAGAACAUCCUAAUUGCCUUCGUCCUCAUAUAGUAGCUUGAUCACUGUUAAUUAACUAUUUAAAAUACUUGACACAGCCUUAUGGAUGUUUUCCUGGACACAUUAAGACUUUGAUGUAAAGCCAUGUUUAAUAAACAUUUCCCAUCAAACAUUUAUUUAAAAUAAACUGGUCUUUAAACUCA